AUGUCAUCACAGCAUAAGGCUUUCUUCUGUGAUGUUGUAUUUGAUGGUUGUUAUUGGGACAUCGGCGAGAAUCUCAUCUCUCCUUCCCUGAACUCCUCGUCUCUCCCACCACCACCAACCAAAUCUCCGAAUAUACAAUCAUUUCAACAGCAACUCAAUGAAUUAAUCAGCACUGAGAAAUCUUACGUUAAAAGGAUCACUGCUCUCAAACUCAAUUACGCCGAUCCAUUGAGACAAUUCGCUAAACACAAAGACACUCAAAUCAUAAACCACUUUGACGCCAAAUCUUUAUUUGCAAACAUUGAUCAGAUUUUGCACAUCAAUUACUCCUUCCUCACCGAAUUAGAACACGCGAAUGAAUUUAACAUAGGGAAUAUUUGCAUGUCUCACUUUCCCUAUCUCACUCCUUACAACCAAUAUUACUUUAACAGGCAGAAAUCCGUUGAACUGUUCAAGGACCUAUUGAAGAAGAAAUCUUUUGUCGAAUUCAUCGAUAGAACCCAAUGGCAGACUACGGGUAUCAACAAUAUUGGCUUAAGAGAGCUGCUAAUGGAGCCUGUCCAACGAAUCCCCCGCUAUAUCCUCCUCCUUCAAGGUAUGAUGAACUAUCUUGACCAAUCUCACGAUCAACGCUCCCUACUCUUUCAAGCUCUCGAUUUAGCCUCAAAGAUCGCCUCCUGUGAAGCUGACGAGACUACUAAACGUGCCACUCUAAUGCACACUCUCCAAAGAAACAUCCAAGACUUUCCCCCAAAUCUCAUCUCACACAAUCGCACUCUAAUCGACUCCAUCGACGUUGACGACCUUCCAACUCCUCUUACUAGUCACAUUGACGACCCUCUCCCAUGCACUCUCUUCCUCUUCAACGAUAAGUUGGUCAUCGCUAAGCGUCCCUCUGCUCACGCAAGAGGUCGCAAACUCUCCGGUCUUGAUGACUUGGACGCUUCCAAUCCUUCAUCCACACCCGCCAAAUCCUGGGGAAUUGGUAUAGCAAAGCAUCAACUGGUUUGUAAAGUUGUUGCUGACCUAUCAGAUGUAACUUUGACCGAUUUAUCACAUCAAGAACUCGGUAUUGUCUUCAACAACUCAGCGUUCGCUGAUUGUGACGAUGAGCGGUUUAACAGAUCCUCCAAAGCCUUCUCCGCAACGCAAGUGUCUUUCUCUCCAUCAGAACCUCUCUCAACGGACAGUCCAAUGACGCGGUUCAUUUCGAGUACAUGGAAACAGCAGGCCAUUUUAAGUACAUUGUCAACCGGCGGAGAUGCCUGUGCCAAGAUAUCCCGCGACUGGUUGCCAUUAGAGAGUGGUGGUGUAAGCAGUGGGCGGGGGAGUGGGCGAGCUCGACUCUACUACAAUGUGUACACAUCCCGUGACCAGUGGUUCAGAUCAGCACACAAAAGCAAAGCAGUUUUACACAUGGACGGGAGCGGAGGGGUUGCUGAUGCCAUUCCACUCGGCGAGGCAGGCACUUGUCCACUAAUAGUGAUGCGUGCGCAAGUCAACAACGAACACGACGACGUGCACCUUACCACGACUUUCAGUAGUCCACCCGAAGAGUUGGAAGAGAGUGUGGAUAUGGCUGGCGUUUACGAACGUCUCGUGUGGCAUAUCCAAGCGGCACGUCUGUACGACUAUACACCUGCUGGCUUAGCGCCAAAUCUGACAGUGGGAGGACGCAAGCGUGAGCGGGCACCAUCUUCACCGACAAAGAACAAAUUCGAGAGCGUAUCUAGGGGCUUCUUCAAGCACGGCGCGGGUGUUGCCAAUGGGAGGCUGGGUGUACCUGACGCAGACCUCACGAACUCUACCAAUUCACACUCGCACCGCCGCACACGCUCACUAGCGAGCAAGUCGAGCGGUAAUUUAACAAUGGGGAGUGUAAACAGCGAGGUGACAUCUACACCUGCAACGUCGGUAGAUCAUCGCGGAUCGGCGCCUUCUCAUUCCACCCUUGCACACACUCACACGCGUACACCCAGCCCACUGCCCAAAUCGCCGCCAGCACCGGCCGUAUUCGAGCGCAAGGUGAAACGCAAGCAGACGCCACCUGCAGCUGACGCCGAGCGGGAGGCUGAGGCAGAAGCCGUUGCGCGCGAGCUACACAAGCGGAGGACGACGGAAGCACAGAUCGACCACGAGCGCCGCCUGGCUGUUGCUAAGGCCGAGGAAGAGGUGGAAAUGCUCGACUACAGGGAUGGCGUGCGUGCUUCCUAUCUCGAAAGACCUCGCUCGCUUCCCCCUCCCUCGAGCAAUGUGGGUGUGGUGGGUGUGAGCGUUGCAAGGAGUGAGAAGAGUGGGAGUGAUAGUGGGAGUGAGAGUGAGAGUGGGAAUGAAAAUGAACAUGGUUACCCACUCGAUCCACCUCUCCCGCCCCGCUCUCAUAGCAGCCUAGCUACUGCGGGUAAUUACAGCACUCGCUCGGACGCUUCGACGUCGCUGCCUUGCGGUAGUGACACAGAUGCACGCACGAGCGACGCCACCAACGGCAAUGGCAGCACUAUCUCUAAUUCCACCAGCGUUGACUUAAAAUUCGGCGAGAAUGAUUCGUCACAAUUCCCGCGUUAUGAGGAUGCGGAAGAGGAGGCAGAUAACGACACAGACGAAGACAUUGCAGCUGCAAUAGCUCGCCAGCCUUCCUACAUAGCCGGUGGGGCUGAUGAAGCGAUAGUGCGUGAGGGCAGAGCAGGAUUGAACACAGUCAGCAGACGGCGGUCGACGAGUGUACCUACGCACUCUCACACUUACACCACCAACCACACACCCACUCCCACUAGCCCUGACCAACCCCAUCCGGAAAGCGUCAGCAGCUCACUCAUUCCCCCCGAACCGGCAUUCAGUAUGUCGAGGCAGACUACCAACUCGUCCGCGUGGUCACGCAGUACUGGUACAAGUUCAGGUCUGAGGUCGGGAGUAAUGUCGCCCGGUGCAAGGAAACCGUUCGGACCGCGCGAUCUCACCCGUAGUACUGGUAGCACAAGUAGCAGGAGCACCCUUAAAUCUACUCCGAAAGUCGGGAAUGCGUACAAGAUGGAUUUGCCUGUCGUACGUCCUUUGAGUAUUCCAAGUAAGAAUGUUGCAGUGGAGCAAGUGGAAGUGAAGGCGGAGUCACAGCCAAAACCACAGCCACUCAAACCAUCCAAGUCAACCAAGUCAGUGCCGGAGGAUGGCUACGGCUACACGAGUGCACUGGAUGAGUGGGUGUACAAUGACACUGCUGAUACCUCAGAGAAGGAGAACAAGGACCGUAAGAUAAUGCCUCCUCCUAAAUCCGAGAUUGUCAGGGUUGAUGUCGGUUUGAGCGAGAGGAAACGCAAGUGGGAAGAGAUUUGUCACAGUGCAGGCACUACCGAUGAAAGUCUCAAUUUCCUUAUAGACAGUCUAUCAGAUGACGCAAGAACACUGAAAAAGACUAAAUCCGGCCAAAUCGACAGCAAUUCAUUCGCGGAAAUGGAAAGAUCACUUGAAUUGCAAGUACAGGUAGCGCGACAAUUGCAACAGCGUCAAAAAGCAGACGCAGAACGCACGCACAAGCUAGAGAAGCAAUUGAAUGAAUGCAAGAGUGAGAUAAGCGUUCUAUACGAAUCAUUCAAUGAGGAACUCGACGGUAUGUAUGCGGAUGUGCAUGCCGUUGAUGGAGUUGAAAAAAUGGCACGGGAUUUAAGCGUAGCCAAGGCACAACGUAAUGAAUAUUUGAAAAUAUCAACGGAAUUGAAACAACAACUUGAUCUUUUAUUGUAA